GAUCUGCUCUGGGUUCCUAGGAGCGUUUUUUGUGUAUUUCAAUCGGCAAGUUGUUUUGUGUGUCCGUCGACACACUGCCCUCAGUCAGUUCCUAACUAAAUAUCGCCUUGUCUAUCCAGGGGUAAUAACCUUUCUGAUAGCAUCUCUGACAUUUCCCCCAGGGUUUGGACAGUUUAUGGCUGGAGAGUUGAUGCCGAGGGAAGCCAUCAGCAGCCUCUUUGAUAACUACACUUGGGUAAAGCAUACAGAAGACCCCCAGAUCCUGGGAAAGUCUGCUGUUUGGAUCCACCCCAAAGUCAGUGUGUUUGUCAUCAUUCUUCUCUUCUUCCUCAUGAAGUUCUGGAUGUCUGUCAUUGCCACUACCAUGCCAAUACCCUGUGGAGGCUUCAUGCCUGUGUUUGUGCUGGGGGCUGCCUUUGGACGCCUUGUUGGUGAAAUCAUGGCCUGGCUUUUCCCUGAUGGGAUUCUCUUUGAUGACAUUGUUUACAAAAUCUUACCUGGAGGUUAUGCAGUGAUUGGAGCGGCAGCUCUGACAGGCGCAGUGAGCCACACGGUGUCCACAGCAGUGAUUUGCUUUGAGCUGACAGGUCAGAUCUCUCACAUCCUGCCCAUGAUGGUGGCCGUCAUCCUUGCCAACAUGGUGGCCCAGAGUUUGCAGCCAAGCCUUUACGACAGCAUCAUCCAAGUGAAGAAGUUGCCCUACCUGCCCGACCUGGGUUGGAAUCAAAUAAGCAAGUUCAAUAUCUUUGUUGAAGAUAUUAUGGUGUCUGAGGUAAAAUUCAUUUCCUCUAACUGCAAAUACCGAGACCUGCAGGAUCUACUCCAGAAUACUAAUAUCAAAACCUUUCCUCUGGUGGAUUCACCAGAGUCAAUGAUCCUCAUGGGCUCAGUGGAACGGACAGAGCUACAGGCCCUUCUGUCCAGGCACCUCAGUUCUGAGAGACGUUUGCACCUUGCCAAGGAGAUGCAGCAGAAGCUGUCUGAGUCACCGUAUGAUGGGCACAGGUGGAAGCAUGAUUCCUUUGCUUUUGUAGAUGAGGAUGAGGAUGAAGAGGAGAAAACGGAGCCUCCUCAGCAACCGGUGUUUAUCUCCACUUACCCUGAAGGACCCAACGGCCCAGUGACCCUACAUAAGCCACUGACAGAGAGCCCAGUGCCUCAGGAACAUCCAAGACAGAGAUGUGGGUGCUUGAGGAGACUGAUGCGUCAGCUUCUGUGCCUUUACCACCCUCCUCCUCAGCCAGAGACAACAGCCGGACAGGAGCCAGUAGAGGUUAAGGACCCAAUGACACCAGAGGAGAUAGAAGCUUGGGAGCAGCAGGAGCUAGACCAAGACGUGUGCUUUGACAGCUGCCGCAUCGACCCCUCCCCCUUUCAGGUGGUGGAGAGGACAUCUCUGCACAAGACACAUACCUUGUUCUCCUUGCUGGGACUCAGCCAUGCCUAUGUAACCAGUAUGGGGAAGCUGAGAGGCGUGAUUGCCCUGGAAGAGCUCCAGAAAGCAAUUGAGGGUUCCACACAGUCUGGUGUCCAUCUUCGUCCUCCCCUUGCAAGCUUUCGUGACACGACGAGGAACAAAGGGCAGUCCAAAUGGGCCACACAGACGUGGAGCAAGCAGAACAGCGGUGCAGUACCUGAGGGGCCCGUGGGAGACUCGGGGACAGAGAACACAAUGUCUCCCGGAGCUCCUCCCCUGAAACCGUCUCCCAACCCCAGUGAAGGAAAACGGGCACGCUCCACCUCAGUGGCUGAUGCGGAACUGGAAGAAAUUGAGCUUUCUGGCCCUGCUGCUGAGAACAUCUCAGACAUCCUCAAGGAUCUCAACCUGCGCUCUACAGACGUGGAUGAGGAUGAGGAUGAUGACGAUGACUAUGUCCCACUAUAAUUAUACAAAAAAUGAUCCCUCUGGACUUGUCAACAGGGUAUUCCUGCCAUACUUGUGCUGUAAGGAGAGGCUGUGGUCUGCCCUUCUGGCACCAACGGAUGGUACUUAAUCCAUGCUGGAGAGCCUUGGCUCACUGGACUUGUUUUCCCUUCUGCUACCAUCAGUGGUGGGGUAUAUGGAGCCCAACAGAGUCAAAGAACUGGUUUUAUUCUCGUCUGACAACUGUGGCCAGCAAGUGCCAUAAUGCUCCAUUUACUACAGGCACAUUUCAAUCACAGACUGUGCAGCAACCUGUUAUUAAAAUAAACCUCCUGCUCUUCGUCCUUCUCCUGUCACCCACCAGCCUGCCAUGGCACCAUUUUAAUCACCUAAUUUAAUCAAACAUGGCUCUGUAGAGGGAGCAGAUGACAGAUUUAACCUAAGAUCAGCCUAGCAAUAGAGAGAAUCCAGCCCAAUGUUUGAACAGGUCCAGAUCAAGAAAACAAGGGUUUAUUGUAUGAGGGGUUAUUUUCAUUCUUGCAGUGCCCUUUCUUGCAGAAUAACCACCACCCCUUGUUUUAAGUGUGAAAUUAAGUCCCUCUCCACUUUUAACUAUAGUCUUAACCUUUCUGUUCAUUCUGUGAUCCACCAGACCCAUCCUAUUACUGGAUUCCAAUCCAGAAAUCCUCCAUUCUGAAGUCUUCCACAAAUAUAUGUUGUUGGCUACAAAUUUUUUUAAAAAAGACUACAGGACUCAUUCUGUAUUGUGGGCAAUAUCUCUGCCCCACCCAUUAAAAAAAUUAAACAGUGCAGUAAGGAAGGCAGUAAUGGGCUGAACAAUAAAGGCAGUCUGUACUAUUUGAUCUGUGUAUUUGAACUCUUGAGAUAUGAAAACAGAAGCCUCACAAUCCUGGGCCAACACAAUGAGCAACCAGUGUUUCAUUUGCAAUGGCUUUUAAAAAGCCAAAUUGUUGGGUUUUGGACACUAAGAGGUUGACUGGAGUGAAGAGGAUGAAUCCAGACCCCUAAGCAGCCACUAGUCUCUGCAUGUGUAAGGCCAGCCUCUGUAUCUGAAAGAAGAACCAUAUGUAUUGUGCAAAGCUGCACGCGUGUUCCUACCAAAGAGGUCUUCAAUGGUACACGGAGUAGCCCCAGCUGAAUCAGGAUGCUACUGCUUAUCUGAAGAUUACAUGCAAGGUAACAAAACUAGAAAGGUGCCUCUAUUCAAGAGUUUGAAUGUGGCUAUACUUACUCAAGAGUUUAAUUAAGACUGUAAUUUACCAAAAUACUUUGCCGAAGUCUUAAAUGUUCACAUUUAACCGUCUUUACAACUAUAUCAUGAAAAUCUGUACAAAACUGUUGUCUUAACAUAAGGGCCAGUAAGUCUUUUACACGUGUCGAAUUCCAGCUGUGGAAGCUGCUAUGGUGAUCUGAUAAAGUGCUGGUUGUGUGUCUGGCCACACAGCACCGGCACAUUAUCAGAUUGUUGCGGCACCCUGUGCAUUUGGCGCUCUGCUGUAUGUGCAAAUAUUGGCCAAUAAAUCCUCAGAAGAAAACAACUGUAGUAAGGGGUGACACCAGGGAAAUAUAGAGGAGCUGCUGUUUUCAAAAUCCCAUUUAUAUUAUAGUUGCAUGUAUGUUUUGUACCAGUGUAACAAUCUUGUCUUCCCCACAAGGAAACUUAGUUUAGUGAGGGGGUACUGAACAUUCUGUUUUUUAAAAUUCUACCAUCCUUUUAUAGAAACUACACUGCCCAAGGCAAAUUUAAGUGCAUGGUUUUUUUUCCAGUCUACAUAUGUAAUGCAGAUAUUUCCCAUGCAAAAAACAAACAAACAAACAAACCAAGGCACAGAAAGGUCCCUGCCUUUGGCUUAAGCCUUGCAACAUCUACUGAAGUGUUCCCAGUAAUGCACUCAAGCUUCCUUUCAAAUCAAGAGCUUGUGUCUCCAAUCACACUCAUUAUAGGCAUCUACAUUAUUUAGGUGCCAACCCCUGAGCAGAAUUCUCCCUGCUGGAUUGAGAAGAGUCUAUACAAGGAUUUUUGAGGGGGUUUCUUGGUUUAGGCAGAGCAAUACCACUAGACUAGAUUUUAAAAAUGCUUCUCUGCUAAGCUGGUCUUGCCUGAAUAAAAAUGGUUAAAAACCCAUUACUAAAGGUCCCCUAAAUUCUCCAACCUCUGUUCUGUAUAGAAAAGAAAAUGAAGCAAGUAGAAAUCACCAGGACAAAAGGAAGAUAAUACUGAGAACACUAGUAGAAAUAAUGCAAUAUGUCGUUGCUUCUGACAGUGUUGCCAUUGCACUGGCAGGGAUCUCCAUUAAGAAAAUCUGCCUUCUGCUUUCACAGCAGCAAUUCUGCAAGCAGUGAAAACCUGGAUCAGUAUGCUGGGAGGACUUUCUGUUCAGUGCAUGAACAAGAGGAUACCAGUCAAAGCUUUUCCCACCAUCACUUCCUUGUAAUGGAAGAAAAUAUCAUCUACUGCAUUUCUGUCUGUCAUGCCCUAAAGAGCAUGCUCUGGAUAAACAACACGAAACCAACUGCAUCUUUUGAUGGCACACCCACAUGUAUAUGAAAGGUGCAUGAACAGAAUAGAGAUUCUAGUACAGUACUGUAUUUAUAAAUCCAUCACUAUUGCGGAAAUGGUUUUCAAACGGUAUUAAUAUAGAUGUCUGGUGUGUGUGAUUCUGAAUUGGUAUCAGCAGACAUUUCUACAAUUCAAGGGCUAUCUUGUCUCUUCCUUUUUCUUUUUUUUAGCCCAAAAUGGACAGAUCAGCUGUUGCAGAACACUGUGUUAUGGUUCUGUUAGCCAUAUAUUUUUCCGAAGGUCUAUAAUUUUAAAGGUAGAGAGAGAAAGACAAGGGUGUCUGCAUGCAGUCAAGCUAUAAAAAUGGCAAAGCAGUAACAAAUUUUCUUCUGCAGCUUCUGCUGCUCAUUCUGUCUUCCAAAAUUGUUAGCACAGUGAUCGGCAAACAUUGAUGUGUGUUCCACCAGCUAGAUGCAGAAAAAGUCUAGGUGGGGCAUUAAGUUUUCAUAACAAUUACUAAGCGGUCACACACUCUCAAUCCUCAUAGCAUUUUACAAAGGAUCUCAGGAGAUUACUGACCCUUCUCCUAGGGGAAUUAUUCUAUUUCUCUGCAUGUUUAUUCCCAACAAUAUCACUGCAAGUUUAUUAUCUUCAAAAUGUGCCAUACAUGAUACACAUAACACAAUGCCUGUGAAACAUAUAAAUUAUGUAUCAGAAAGGUAUCAUGGUGAGACCCAAGUUCUCAGAAUGAUUGAUGGAAUAUAAGGCAUGAAAGGUUAAAAUAUGCUACAGCAUAUUUCCUGCACGGAUUGCUCUGGCCUUAAAAGCUGUGUUCUCACUGAGGAGGUAAAGCUGUGCCAGCAUUUCAACUACAGAAUUUUGUCGCCAAAUGUUUCUCCAAAACAAAAAGAAAACAAACACACCAAGUCCUGUACAUAAAAGACUAAAAGUCAGGCAGACAUUUUCUGGCAUGCCCGCCAUUAUAUGUGAAGAGAAUUUUUUUGUUCUUCUAGGGAAGGACAGUUAGUCACAGGAUCUCCCUUGGGCAACCUAAAAUGGCACAGCCAUAGAUUGACUAUUAUAGGACAAACGAGGCUAUCACCUCAAACACUGAGCUCUGUGGGAUUUCUGGGGACUUUACUAGGCUUCCAUUCAUUAGACCAUCAAGCUUUUCAUGCAUUUUGCAAAGAUCAACCAUUCUGGGUUUGAACACUUUGAUGUACACAAUUCCCAAUGGACACCAUUCUAACCCAUUAAACAGAAAUAUUGCCAAAAUGUACAUCCAAGCUAUAAUACAUAGAAAAUAUGUAUUAAUACACAUGAUUUAAGAAACCAGUUGGUCAAUAUAAUUACUUCACUCGCAACUUUUUUUCAACUUUAUAGAAUAUAGUCUAGUUCUUACUAGGUGGUGCAGCCCAUUUUCAGAUCAUAGCACUUUAGAUGGCAAUUGGGGGAUUCUAUCACUGAAUGUACCUUUAGAAAAUCACAAUGCAGUAGAGAAGGCUGACAUACACUCUUCGUUCCCUAUCAUCUAGUUUUUUUUAUGUGGAAGCAUUGUUUGCCAUGGAAGACCAUUCAAUCAUGCAAGCAUCUAUUUGAAGUCUGACCUAGCACAACCCAGCUAUUCACCAACAUGCCAAUUAGGCCUUAUUUUUAAGCAGCGGAAUUUAAUAAAAUUUUAUAGUUUGUACUUUAGCAUAUUGCUUUUUAUCUCUCUCUCUCUCUCCUUGCACAUAAGAAUAAGCAGGCACAUUAUUUUCUUCUAUUUCGAACAAUCUGUCACAGAUCUAACUUUGUCUGAAUUCAGCUUCUAUUCUUUUUCUGUCAUUCUAGACCAACAGUUUCACCAGAUGGUAUUCCUUGAAUUGUACCAAAAGGUACAGAAAGUACCUGUCAAAGUGUUCUUGGAAGAGCCGGUGGGAUAAAUUCUUCUUAUCCUUGAACAGGAUAAUCGUCUCUGUCUUCAGACUUGGAGGCUUAGAGUAGGAUGCAACAGUAUUGUGUCCCUUGAAGCUUGCCACCUCCCAUUGUUCUGCUUCUGACCUCGUCCGUGUUUACUCCAGAGGGUACUCCUGGGUUGUUCCAUGUUCUUGUAUAGAUUCCUUUCAUUCCCUACCUUCCUGGCCCCAACAGUCUUCUUGCAAGUGGAAGGAAAGAGACAAGGGUGGUUACCCCAGGCACAAAGCUGUGUAGCCAAAAAGGCUUGCAACAAAUCACAUCACCUCUCACUAGUACAGGCAAUGUUUGAAAAUCAUCUCCUUAAACUUCAUGGCGUAAGAAGAAAGCAGCGAAGCCAGGGGGGGAGACUUUCCCCAUCUUAAAAUGUCAGUGGGGUGUCUCUAAAGAACAGAAAUACCAAAUGUUGCCUUUUUGAAGUAUAUAGUUGUAUGGCUAAUGAAGAUGUUUAAGAGGUUUAUUAAACCAAGGUCCCAAAUGCACACCUCUGAUUGUAAACAUGUACUGUCUACCAAAAAUGGCAGUCAUGGAUCUGUUUUCCAACCUCCUUUCAUACAAUCUAAUAGACUUAUGUCAGCAUUACAUUUUCUGCUCCUACCUAGCUGGCUGAUGCUGGCUGGGUAAUGGGGUCACAUUCUGACAUGUAGUAAAUUCUACCCAUGAUGACAGACCUAUAUGCCUGGCUGCUGUUUUAAUUGGCAACUGUGCUUUUAUAAAUAUGCUCAUUUGGCUCCCAACUGGCUGCCCUUUUGCCAUUUAAAUAUGUGCCAGCUAUUACUUCACACUAACUCUGAAGGCUGUGUACAUUACAAUCCCAUUUCUCAUCUGGUGAAGAACGCAAAUGCUUUGUCUUUGCAAAAUGAGUCAUUUUGUGAAGAGCAUGGAUAUACUUUCAGAUGCCUUUUGAGACCCAGUCUUUUUCUCUCAUUCACUGGCCUAACACUUUGAUCUCCUUUUUAGCACACACAUAAAUAACGUCAAGUAAAACCUACCGGUAGAAAUGAAACACAAUUCCACCAACCACAAUGGCAAAACCACGUGCUGUUUAAUAACAAUAAACUUCAUAAGUUUCUUACAUGCCCCUUUGUGGCGAUGCUCCCUUUUUCUUUUAGUGACUUUUACCAUGACCAGGCAUGAAAUGCCAUAUAAUUUUUUUUUAUCUAUAAGUAUAGUUACAUAUAUAUAUAUUCAUUUAUAUAUAUGGUGUGUGUGUACAUAUAUAUAUAUAUAUUAUAGAAGAUAUAUUUUCAUAAGUCACAUUAUCAAAACAUGCGCAGAAUAACCAGCAGAAAAGUUUCAAGCAACAACGUUUUGGAGCUGGAAGACCAAAGGCAAAUAUGUUUUCUUUCCUGUUUUCCUCUGUUAGGGUGCCCCAGGACAGAAGAAGGUGAGAGGGUUAGGCUCACAUCUUGGCCUGCUCUUUCCCCACUCCCUCCUUUCUCCCUGAAAAGUCAUAGACCUCAAUAAAUGCCAUCCUUUAAGGAUGGGAAGAAUCUAAGUUCCAUCCCUUGUUCAGAAACUUAAGAGUAAAGAAAGGUCUUGAUACUCUUCUCAUUAUGCUAAAGCAGUUGGGUGUAGCUUAAAAAAACCUAAAAACAAAACCCCAAGCCAUAUGCCUUCAACCUUUGGUUAGUUUUAAAUAUGUUUCAUUAUUCCAGUCCAUAUGGCUCUUUCGUAUAAUAUUCCUGUAUUUUGAGUAACCCCCUUUCUCUGUCCUAAGCACACCACUCCUGAAAAAUAAUUUUUAAAAAAGUACUGCAGAUUGCAAAAUUUAUUUAUUAAAUAUGGUGCUCAUGUUGUAGCUUGGGGGACUCUAUGCAUUCUUAGGUGAUACCACCAUUUUAUACGCAGCACCAAAUAAGCCAGAGAAAUAUUGAAGAAUACUAGAUUAUAUUCAGACAGGGGG